UCUAACGUCAGCAAACGGUUGGUCAUGUACUACGGUUGUUAAUGGGCUUAUCAAAACUAAAUCUUUAACAAAAGUGCUAAUCCGUACAAGCAUAAAUUAUCAACACAAAAUAAUCAUGGAUAAUGCAUACGAUCGUUUGAUUAUUUUAAUAGACAUGGAUUGUUUCUUUUGUCAAGUAGAAACGAAACUUGCUCCAGAACUUAAAGGGAAACCCGUUGCUGUCAUUCAGUACAACCAGUGGCAAUUAGGAGGAAUAAUAGCUGUUAAUUAUGAAGCAAGAGAGUUCGGAGUGACUAGGUUUAUGCGAGGAGAUGAAGCUAAGGAAAAAUGUCCUGAGUUAAUCCUAGCCAGUGUGCCAGCGACGCGUGGAAAAUCGAAUACAUCUAGGUACAGAGUUGCAGGUCGAGAGGUUAUAGAUGUAUUAAAAAAGCACUGUAAUAUUAUAGAACGAGCUAGUGUUGACGAGGCUUACCUGGAUAUCACUGACAUGGUUGAUCAACAAAUGUCUUCAAAAUCAUUUCCUCCUGAAGAAUUAAUGAAAUCUCUCUCACACACAUAUGUUGUAGGGUAUUCAGAAGUUGGACAGAACAAUGAAGAACAAAGAAGUAAAGGUACAGAGGAGUGGAUAAAUUCAUUGACUGAUGAGCUGGAGAAUAUGCAGUCAAAACGACUUGCUGUGGCUGGUGCAAUAACAGAAUCAUUGAGACAAAGUAUUUUUAACCAAACUGGAUACCAGUGCUCUGCUGGUGUAUCAUAUAAUAAGAUUUUGGCCAAAUUAGCUUGUGGCUUGCACAAACCCAAUCGGCAGACUAUUUUACCUCUUACUGCAGUUCCUUCCUUGUUUGCCACACUGCCUGUGAAGAAAGUUCGUAAUUUGGGUGGCAAAUUCGGAGAUGCAGUGGUUGAAUCUCUUGAAUGUAAUGUCAUGGCCGAUGUAUUACGUUACUCUUUACAAGAUCUUCAAAAACGUUUCGAUGAAAAAACUGGAUUGUGGCUGUAUAAUAUCGCUCGCGGUAUUGACUAUGAACCAGUCAUUACAAGAUUAGUGUCUAAAUCGAUUGGAGUAUGUAAAAAAUUCCCAGCUAAGCAAGCUCUUACCAAUUUGGAAAUGCUGAAGCAUUGGGUCGGAGAGCUCUCGGCAGAAGUUUGCGAUCGACUGGAGCAAGACCUAGAAGAAAACGAACGGCGUGCCACGUUAUUGACUGUUAGUUACCAAUACUACAAGGACCGAACAACGGUUUCGCAAUCUCGUUCUGCUCGUUUACGCUCCUAUAAUGCGGAUAAUUUAGCUAAACAAGUAGUAGAUUUGAUAACUAAAUCGGUUCAACAUCCAAUUUCCUGCUUAGGUAUUUCAACAGGAAAAUUUGUGCCUGCAAGGGGUAGUGGAAGUUUCAAAAAUUUUUUCACAUCGAACAAUGAAACUUUCGUAAAAAAGUCUGAUUAUUCUAAAACAACCAAUUCAACGACUGAUUUAAAUUCUUCAUUAGAUAAUGCUACCAAUGAUAGUUGUCAAAAAAAUGUAAUCAACGCUAAUUCAGAGGAAAUGGGGAAAGAUAUAUGCAACAUGGAAAAACCGUUAUUUCAUAAGAAUAAUAGUAUUGAGGAAAAUGUUUUUAAUGUAACAAAAUCAACCGAGGAUACUAAAACUGCACCUAAGAAAAACUUAAAAAAAGCCUUCACUAGUCAUAACUGUAAAGAAUCGUUUUUUAUGAAUAUUUUAAGUGAUAACAAUGAUAAUAACCCCCUUACUUCAAAAGAGAAUUUAAAGGAGCAAAGGAGUGAUUCAGAAAUUGAAACUGAUGGAAAUUCAACUGAAUCUAUGAAAGAAGGUAUAGUGAGUGAAUUGAACAAUGAUUCGGAUAAAUUAAUAAGUAUAUAUGAAAUAUUUCCGGAUCUAACCAAUAUCGAUCAUAGUAUCGUUUCUUUAUUGCCUAUUGAAUUACAAAAUGAAGUAAAUGAAAUAUUAAGAAAGAAUAUGCAAGAAUCCAGUACGAAUAAAAUUUCAAAAGCAACAGGAGAAAUCUUAGCAACAACAAGUAAUGUUAACACAAGUGCUUCUAAUACUUUAAAGACUUCCAUUUCUGAAUGUAAUGGAAGCAGUACAUUAAGUAACUAUUUUAUAAAACAUACAGCAACUAAUGAUACAACUAAAUCAAUUGACAAAACAUGUAUUGAAAGAAGUGAUCUUUCUAAUAUUGUUGUAAAUAACCAUCAGGAUAAGCAACUCGAAAGAUGCAAGGAAUGUAAUCAAAUGAUACCUAUUGAAGGGUUUAAUGAACAUCAAGAUUUUCAUAUCGCACAAAUUUUAGACGCAACAUUAAAUAAACACGAGGCAAUAGUUAUAGCACGAGAAAAAGUAAAUACGAAGAAAGGCAAGGAAGUUAAAAAAUCUGGAAGAAAGAGACCAUCUGAAGAUUCUAAGGAGAGUAAUGCAAAGUGGCGAAAUAUUGAAUAUUUCUUGAAAAAGCCAAGUUAACAGAAAAGUAACAUUAAAGUUAAACAAAUGAAGGAAAAAAAGUAUCUGAAUAUAGCUAAAUGUGUACGUAUGUAACGAUCGCGUGCGCAAUUCAUUUAUUGGAAAUUAUUUAUUAGUAACAAACGACUGUCUUGGCACUACGUCUAACCAUACCAAAUUUUCUCCAAAUAUAUAAAAAAAUCAAAAAUUAAUUCUUUUUAUGUAAAUAAAUCAUUGUUGACUGAACGACGCUUCUUAGAUUCCUGCUAAUAUCCGAAAAUGCCAUCUGAAAAGGAGAGUGAAGAUUCAAAACAGAAAAAAAAUGGCAAGGAUAAAACCAAAAAGCCAAAUAAAUUUCAGCAAAAAUGUAGAGUACCUAUAGUAACAGGAUCUUCCAUGGGUCAAAGAUCGUUGCCACCUACCGUGUGCUGUCCACCUGGAGGUUGUCAAGUAACAGGAUGCCUUCGUGGUCCCAAAUGCUGAUUCUAAUUCAUUUUAUGAUUGACAAUGAAACGAAAUAUUAAUUUUUUAAAGAAUAUAUGAUAAUAAAAUAUUAA